AUGUUUUUCGCCCUUGAGGAAUUGGCAGAUUUUGAUUGUUUUGCUAAGUUGACAUUACCCGAGUUCGAGCAGAAUGAUUUGGGAAAAUGUCAACAUUACAGAGGAGUUGCUUGCUCUCAGCUUAUUGGAAACAAGACAGUAUAUGUCAAAGAACCCAUGAGUUUGAACAAAAUGGAAGAAAAAUUAGCGGCUAUCUUUACAAUACUAGCAACCGGAAAGGUAAUGAGUCCUGAGUGUCACAAGUAUGCCGUACCCUUCUUUUGCUAUGUUAUGUUUCCACCAUGCGACGAUACCAUACCAUAUCCAGUUCCUAAACACAUUUGUAAAGAUGACUGCGACUUACUAGAAGCAUCUACUUGUAAAAUAGAAAUGGCAUCGGCGAGAAAACAUCCGUUGUUGGUCAAUCAGGAUUUGGUUCCAGAAUGCGAAGAACUUCCAUCGCUCAAUCAGAAGGAGAGAGCAGGCGCAUUUAUAGCUAACAAGGAUGGACAGGGAGGCUGCAUCAGUUUGAAUGUUCCGAAAGUUGUUCACGUUGAUCAUGAUGUCAAUUGCUAUGAAGGCAGAGGGGAAAAAUACAUCGGUCCUGUGUCCCACACCGUCUCCUCACACGAAUGUUUGAGCUGGAGACCCGUUCCUGACUUCGAAGAGCUGACGAGUGGACACAACUUUUGUCGGAAUCCGGGAGGUCGUGAAACUCAACCUUGGUGCUACAUAUCGGAUCCUCACAUGAGAAGAGAAGUCUGCGAUAUCCCCAAAUGUGGUAAGAAGAAUUCGUUCCAGUUUGGAGAUUUCAAUCUGAUUAUGCCUGGUUGUACAUCUUCCUUCCUUCCUUGGUUGCUGCAAUCCUUAUGUUCAUGCUUCUUGUACUUUGGUGUAAAAAGCAAAGAAGAAAAACGUGUGCCUCCAAGUUAUCUCCGCACAGCACUUCAGCUCAACUUAUACCAACCCAUCAUCAAACCAAUAACCACCCUCAUCCUCAGCAGAUAG